CAAAGAAUUAGGAAAGUCAGGAAUCAAUGACUUGUGGCAGCACUAGGAAAUUAAUGGGGAAAGGUAGUUGAGAGUUUAGAGUUGAGACUAGCCCAGAAAAGAGUUGUUGUCUUAGCAAAAUACAGGGGAUGUGAAAUUGUGAACGCACACGGAGAAAGAAAGAACAGAGUCCAAUCCUUUAUUGAAGAGGCAAUUAUCUAAUAGGAAUUGAAUCCAGCUUUGUUUCAAGCAUUGCAAUCACUACUACUGUAAUUUCAAUUCCCACACCUCGGUUUCCAUGAGUACUCAAGGAGCCUCGUCGUCAUCAUCCUCUUCUUCUUCAACACCUCAGCAGAGUUUUAGAAAAUGUUUUGUAGAACUUGUACUUGUUGUUUGGCGAUGGAUGGGCGUUUGUUUUUUUAGGAACAAUGAAGAAAUUGAGAGAGGGAAAUCUAUUUCGCCAGAGCUCGUAAAAGAAAAAGAAGAAUCAAGUCAGGGCGCCUCAAUGUCAUCACCAUCUCCUUUUUCAACACCACAAUGGAAAUACGAGGUGUUUCUUAGUUUUAGAGGUGUGGACACUCGUAGAGGUUUUACUGAUCAUCUAUAUGCUGCUUUGCAACGGAAAGGCAUUUUGACCUUUAGGGAUGAUGAAGAACUUGAGAGAGGAAAACCUAUUUCGCCAGAGCUCUUGAAAGCAAUAGAAGAAUCAAAAUUUGCUAUCGUUAUUUUCUCAAGAAACUAUGCAUUUUCUACAUGGUGCUUGGAUGAACUCACAAAGAUCGUUAGAUGCAUGAGAGAGACAGGACUGAUGGUUUGGCCAGUUUUUUAUGAUGUGGAUCCAUCUAACUUACGAAAACAGACAGGAACUUUUGGAGAGGCCUUUAGUGAACACGAAAACCGUUUCACAGAAAACAUAAAGAAAGUGGAAAUAUGGAGAGAUGCUUUGAGAGAAGUGACCAAUCUAUCUGGUUGGCAUCUACAAGAUAGGCAUGAAUCAGAAUUUAUCCAACACAUUGUGGAAGAGAUGAUGGAGAAAUUGAGUUCAAAGUCCUCAAGCAUUAGCAAAAACUUCAUAGGAAUAGAAUCUCAGGUGGCAAAAUUGAUCCCUUCAUAUUUAGGUUUUAAGAAUGAUGUUUGCAUGAUAGGAGUUUAUGGUAUGGGGGGAAUAGGAAAGACAACUCUUGCUAGAGUUGUUUAUGAUGAGUUUCAUAGUCAUUUUGAAGCUUCUAGCUUCAUUGCUAAUGUUAGGGAAGAUUCAAAAAAACACGGUUUGCAUCGAUUACAACAACAACUUCUUGCAGACAUUUUGGAGGACAAAAAUAUAAAUAUAAGGAAUGUUUAUGAAGGAGUUGACAUGAUUAAGAAAAGGAUAUGUCAUAGAAAAGUUCUACUUGUUAUAGAUGAUGUCAACCAAUUGGAUCAAUUAGAAAAACUGGCAGGAGAGCGGGACUGGUUUGGAUUGGGGAGUUGGAUCAUUAUAACAACUAGAGAUGAACAUGUGUUGGUCCAACAUGGAGUUCUUAAAAGAUAUAAGCCUGAAUUGUUAAAUAAUGAUGAAGCUUCAAAACUUUUUUGUUUGAAAGCCUUCAAAAUGGAGCAACCCAAAGAAGGUUAUAUGCAACUCUCCCAUAAAGUUGUAGAAUAUGCUAAUGGCCUUCCAUUAGCUCUUAUUACUUUGGGCCCCUUUUUGGUUGGAAGAACGAUAGAUGAAUGGAAAAGUGCAUUGGAUAGUUUUAAAAAUACUAAAGGAGAAAUAUUUGAUAUACUUAAAAUAAGUUACGAUGGACUAGAGGAAAUGUGGAAGGAGAUCUUUUUAGAUAUUGCAUGUUUCUUUAGAGGGCAGACAAAAGAUAUAGUAAUACAGAUAUUAGAGAAUUGUGGUUUUGAUGCAAGAAUUGGUAUAAGUGUUCUUUUGGAAAAAUCUCUUCUAACCAUAGAUGGCAAUGGCCGUUUGGGGAUGCAUGAUCUACUAGCUGAAAUGGGUGCAAAAAUUAUUCGUCUAGAAUCAGGUGGAAAGCUUGGAAAGCAGAGUAGAUUGUGGCUUAAUGAGGACUUACUUUGUGUAUUGGAGAAUGAUAUGGCAUCAGAAGCAAUUCAAGCCAUAGCCUUAUUUUGGAAAGGGAAUUUCAAAUCUGAAGAAUUUCCUGAAGUUUUUUCGAAGAUGUCUAAUCUUAGAUUGCUGAUUAUUAAUGGUUUCAACACCCCGAAUGUUCUCGAUUUUGCUCCAAAUAGCCUGAAGUAUCUUUCAUUGAGUUGCAGUUCUUUAAAAUGUUUGCCAUCUAGUUUCCAACCAAAGGAGCUUGUUCAUCUUCGCUUGUACAAGAGCAAGUUUGAAUAUCUUUGGGAAGGAGAAAAGCGUUUAGGAAAGUUAGAGUUCAUUGAUCUUAGUUCUUCCACAAACCUUAUUAGGACACCUGAUUUUUCUGGGGUUCCAAGACUUGUGGAACUAAAGCUUUGUUGGUGCAGUAAUUUGGUUGAGAUCCACCCAUCUAUUGGACAACUUAGCAGGCUUAAGUAUUUAGAUCUGAGGUACUGUGAAUCUCUUACCAAUCUUCCCAGCAUGUCUGCUGAAAUGCAGUCUCUUACGACUAUUAGACUAUCUGGUUGCUCAAAAAUCAGUUCCCUUCCAAAAUUUACUGGAAUUAUGAAAAGCCUAUCAGAACUCUAUAUGGGUAGGACUGCUAUUAAGAAACUAGCACCCUCAUCGAUCAAGUAUUUGACUGCUCUUACUUUAUUUGAUCUAAGUUACUGUAGUAAUCUCAAAUUUCUUCCAUGCAACAUGGAUAAUUUGAGGUCUCUUGAAAACCUCAUUAUUUCCGGAUGCAAAAGACUAAAACUGUUGCCAAGGCUUCCAUCAACUGUAAGAUAUAUAGAUGCUCAAUCUUGUUAUUCUCUAAAGCCGUCACCAGCACUAGUCAAACGGAGUAGCUUGUUACAACCUUACUGCCAGUGGUUUCCAUACAAUGAGAGCAGUGGUGUAGUGGCAUCUACAAUAUUAUACCGUUACCUACAGGGACUCCUUUGUCGAAAAACUGUUAAUGAAACUUCUACCAAAAGCAAAGAGGAUGAGGGUGAAUCUAUAACUGAAUUUCAAAUAAUUAUUCACGGAUUAGACAUUCCGUCUUGUUUAACUCAUCAAAGCGGGGGGAAUUCAAUAAGCAUAGAGCUGCCUUCGAAUUGGUGUAAUUGUAAAUGGAUGGGAUUUGCCCUCUGUGCAUCAGUAUCAGCUAGUAUAUGGGAAACAAUUGACGUUAGAGCUUGUGUGAUAGCCCUUGGUGAUACUUCUCAGAAUAACCAUGUCUCUAAACUUUUGUUUGGGACGAUGCGUUGUGCGGAAAGGAACCAGGACAGCAUUUGGCUACUGUAUUUGUCUCGUGAUAAUUGGUUUGCUACUGUUGGGAAUGGUGAAUGCAGUCAGAUUAAGGUAAUAUUUGAGACCGAUGACUUUGCCUUUCAAGUGUGGGAAUGUGGGGUCAGUUUGGUAUAUGAGCAAGAUGUAGACGAGUUCAGCCGAACAAAUGCACAAUGUUUGAUUGAGAAGUUGAGAAGGGAUUAACCUCUUAAUUCACUGGUAAUGGCCAACUCAAACAUUCUUCAUGUUAAUGCCCAAUCCUAUUUUCUUUCUAACUAUACAUCUGGUUUCGUCACUGUCAAGUAAUUCCCUGUCAUUUUUCUUUUUCUUUUUUUGUUUCACCAUGUGCAAGCAAUCCCAAUCACCCUAUACUUUUUGAGUUCCUGAAAAUUAACCUUGGAUUCCACCAUGAGUUUAUUGCCAGUUGUCUAAGCCUCUGCAUCAUCAUCACUUACAAGAAGCAUAAUAAUUAGUAAAACAUUAGGCAAGCAGUUUAGAAUAUGAUCUAGAUAGGAAAUACAUUCUCAAGCCUAACCCAUUACAUUUCUCAAAGGAUUUUGCUAAUGUAGAUCUUUCAGUCCUAAUUUGGCAAGCAGUUUAGCAUAGAGUUUGUCCCCUCCUCUUCAACUCAACCAACUAUUUUUUAAGAAAAUAUCUGAUGGUUAGUGGAUUUGAAAUGUUUAAUAGAGUUAAGGUGCCUGACGAUUCCUAUGGCCAAAAGUAGUAUUAUCCUAGUAAUUGAACAAAUUAAUUAUUAACUUUUAAUAUUUCUGGAGUUCAAAGCCGGUCACCAUAUCUAUACACUGACCAUGCAUUUUUCUUUUAAUUG